CCCCCCCCCUCCAGGCCUGUCCUUCCCCGUGCCCCUGGUGCCUCUCUCGGAGGAGAACGAGGAUGCCAUGGAGGACCGGCGCUUCCGAGCCCUGCUACGGGAGCUGGGGCUCCGUCCCCCUGCCAGCGAGCAGGAGUCUUUCUGGCGCAUCCCCGCCACCCUCACCCCGCAGCAGCUGCGCCGCGCCGCCGCCUCCCUUGCCCACCAUAGCCCUAACCCGGAGGGGCUCCCCCAGCACCCCGAGGGGCUCCCCCAGCACCCUGAGGGGCUGCCGGCACCACCAAGGCACCCCCAGGCUCCUGCUCCAGGUGAGGAUUUGGGCCGGGGGCGCAGGGAUCAGGCUGGGGGUGCGGGAGCUGCCUCUGAGCCCCUCUUCACAUGCCCAGCAGCGGAGCGGCCACCGGCCCCGCUCGGAUCGGACUCAGAGAGCGAGGAGCCUGUCCGCGUCCCCCUGCAGUCGGGCAGCAAGAGGCGGCGUCAGCUCGACAGCGAGGAUGAGGAUGGCGGAAGCCCAGAGGCAGAGGCAGCCCCCCCUGUGCCCCGCUCAGAGGACGACGACGACGACGACCCCCAGCCUGCAGGGAGGCGGAAGCGUGCCCGCCGCCUGGAGGAGGAGGAGGAGGAGGAGGAGGAGGACUGA